GUUUCGUCCUUGCCUUCACUUGUGGAAGAUUUUGUUGCUGGAAAUCUCGGUGACUGAGAAGCGGUGUCUUUCUCCUGAAUGUGACGGUUUCGGCAGCGGACACGCGGAUUUCUGCAGGUCCCAUUCAGGAGAUUUUGAUAUCGUCCCAGGUCCAGGAUGAGCAUUAUAUCCCCCAGCGAUGAUGAUGAGACCCGGCAGUUCUACCAUCAGCUCCGUCAGUAUGAAGAUCACUUCCUGAGGAUGACGUAUGAAUAUUUCCAAGAUGAUCUGCUCCACAUUGUGGAGAACAUGAGUCUUCUACCACUUCUGAGUGAGCUACAUUCCCGAAAUCUCCCUGAUACUGAGAAAUACCACAGUCUAGAAGAUGAUAGAAGAAGAUUGGCGCGGACUUUACUACAGGAUAUAUUUCUCAGAGGAAGAGAAGCUGUGAUAGGACUGUGGGUCAGUCUCUAUGUAUUACGGAGACAUCAUGGUUCCCCCGGCCUGGACGCUGUACUGGAGGAACUCCGUCAUAGAGGUGACACUCUGGUGGAGCAAAUCCUGCUGGAUGAACAUGGACACCAACUGUCCCCACAACUCAAAGAAUUCCAGAUCCGUCACAAGAAACAUUUACAUGAAAGAACUGAGAAACUUCGAGAGAACAAACCUCCAAGAUGUGAUCAGCGAGAGGAGAGUUUUCCAUUCCGUACACGUUAUGUCAACCUCAUCAUUGUCUCCACUGAUCACUUCAGAGAACGCUCUGAGAAUGAGCUCAUAGAGACCGGGGUAAAACAUGAGGAAUGCUUAAAGAGAAAUCAAAAUGAAUUACUACACAUUUCCCCCAACAAACUGUUCCGCUGGUGCCACCAAUCCAGACUUGUGCCACGUAUGGUAAUGGUAAGCGGAGUGCCCGGUGUAGGGAAGACCACACUGAUGCAGAAGGUUGUCCAUGACUGGAUAAAGGGGGAUCUCUAUCAAAGAUUCUCCUUUGUCUUUUUCUUCAAAUUCCGAGAACUCAACAGACUGGAUAAAGUUAGUCUGGAGGACAUUAUACUUCAUCAGUACCCAUAUCUGGAGGAGCAGCUUAGUAACAUCUUACAGGAACCAGAAAAACUUCUCUUUAUAUUUGAUGGUUUAGAUGAAAGUCUUCAUAACAUGGAUUUCCCAUCACGUCACUUGUGCCCUAAUCCUAAACAGCCCGAACCUUGUGGUCAGAUUGUGGUUAGUUUGGUGAGAAAGUCUCUUCUUGAUGGUUGUUCUGUCCUAAUGACCAGUCGCCCAACCAGACUGGCAUCAAUUGAUUGUAGAGUUUUCCAGAGAAUAGUAGAAAUCAUUGGGUUUUUACCGGAAGAACGACAGAUGUACUUUCAAAACUUCUUCCCUGACCCUGAACUGGCGGAAAAGGCUUUUAAUUAUGUGAAGCAGAAUGACACCCUGUACACGUUCUGCUACCUCCCGUCCUACUGCUGGAUCAUCUGUACAGUAUUAUCCAGGAGCUUCCAGCCAACAAGUAGUGAUCAGCCGGUGUCAUUAUUGCCCAAAACCGUCACCCAGCUCUUUGCGAUAUUUGUCGCCAACAUCCUGUCCAAUCACUCCCUGGACAAAAGUGACGCUCAGAAGAUCCUGCAGUCCAUCGGAUGGAUGGCAGAACAUGGAGUCGUGAAUCACAGGCUUAUCUUUGAUGAACGAGAUCUGGACUGUUUCCAUGUGGACAAUAAGUCAAAGCUCUUAUCAAGUUUUCUGAUGGAAUCGGAGGAACCUGUGUCCUAUUCCUUCUUACAUCUCACAGUUCAGGAAUUCUUCUCUGCCUUGGUGCAUUAUGUGGAUUAUUCUCCUGAAAAGUUACAGAAAUCACUAAAAGAUGCCAAAUCAUAUCCUGAUGGACGAGGUGAGAUGUUCCUCCGUUUCCUGUGUGGUCUAUCAGACGGCUCCACCAGGUCAAUGCUAACUGGAUACCUGGACAGACAAGUAGCUCAGACAUCUAUAGAUGUCAUCACUUGGCUAAAGAACUUUAUUCUAGAAGAGAGGCCAAUGGAAAGUAAGGACAACAAGCGACGUCUUCUCAGUACAUUUUUCUAUCUGUAUGAAUCCCGGAAUAAGGCUCUGGUGCGGGAAUCAUUACAAUCAUACAGAAGUCUUGACUUUUCUGGUGUUCGUAUGUCGGUUCUAGACUGCGCAGUGUUAGCGUUUAUUCUGGACACCUGCACAAAUAUAGAAGAACUCAAUCUAUGUAGAUGUUCCUUAGACACCGAAGGAUUAGAAAGACUUGCUCCAGGAUUACAUAACCUGCAGGAUCUGAGUUUGGCUGAAAAUGAUCUACCAGACACUUCCUGCAUCCAGUUGGCAUCUGGAAUAAGGAAUAACCGGUCCCUGAAGACACUUGUCCUGUCUAGUAACCGUCUGUCUGGUCCUCACUUCAGUGUCUUGAUGGCGGCUCUGUCCAGUCCGGCCUGCAGGAUAGAGGCAUUACAAUUGGGUUAUAAUGAUCUACCAGACACUUCCUGCAUCCAGUUGGCAUCUGGUAUAAGGAAUAACCAGUCCCUGAAGAGACUUGACCUGUCUGGUAACAGUCUGUCUGGUCCUCACUUCAGUGACUUGAUGGAGGCUCUGUCCAGUCCGGCCUGCAGGAUAGAGGAAUUACGUUUGGGUUAUAAUGAUCUACCAGACACUUCCUGCAUCCAGUUGGCAUCUGGAAUAAGGAAUAACCGGUCCCUGAAGAUACUUGACCUGUCUUAUAACAGUCUGUCUGGUCCUCACUUCAGUGACUUGAUGGAGGCUCUGUCCAGUCCGGCCUGCAGGAUAGAGGAAUUACAUUUGCGUGAUAAUGGUCUACCAGACACUUCCUGCAUCCAGUUGGCAUCUGUAAUGCGGAAUAACCUGUCUCUAAAGAUACUCAACCUGUCUAAGAACCGUCUGUCUGGUCCUCACUUCAGUGACUUGAUGGAGGCUCUGUCCAGUCCGGCCUGCAGGAUAGAGACAUUACGAUUGGCUAAUAAUAAUCUACCAGACACUUCUUGCAUCCAGUUGGCAUCUGGUAUAAGAAAUAACCGGUCCCUGAAGACACUUUACCUUUCUGGUAACCGUCUGUCUGGUCCUCACUUCAGUGACUUGAUGGAGGCUCUGUCCAGUCCGGCCUGCAGAAUGGAGACCUUACGUUUGCGUAAUAAUGGUCUACCAGACACUUCCUGCAUCCAGUUGGCAUCUGGAAUAAGGAAUAACCGGUUCCUGAAGAAACUCGACCUGUCUUAUAACCGUUUGUCUGGUCCUCACUUCAGUGACUUGAUGGAGGCUCUGUCCAGUCCGGCCUGCAGGAUAGAGGCAUUACAUCUGCGGUACAAUGAAUUAUCUGAAGAGGAGGAGGAAGCCCUAAGAAAACUGGAAAAGCAGAAAACAAAUAUGAAGAUAUCUUAUUGAACAGAGAAGAUGCUGGAUUCCUCUCUAUGAUGAGCAGAUAAUAGGACUUUGGUGGAGAAGAUGUCUUCAGAGGUCUGGUAUUAGGAGCGUCUCCUAGUGCAUUAUGGGUAAUAUCAGUGAUCUACAGAAGAUAAGGAAUAAUAAGAUAUUAUAAAAGAGGUUACCAGAAAUGUUCUUCUCCAGCUAUUUAUAUCUCCAGUUACUAAAUCCCUUCAUAAUGAGCCCAAAUCCAGGCCUAUGGGAUGUAGCAGCGUCUCCUGAAGGUCAUGUAGGUUGUCAGCAGUAUAAUACUGGUUGUCACACCGGAGGAGGCCGCACAUUGCACACAGUGUAACUAACAAAUCACACAAACUGUUAUUUCAGUUUCUAUUUUAUCUUUUACUUGAUGCGACUCGCGGACAUACCAGUGUUCACAUGAUCUGUCUCCUGAUCACCAGGACCAAUAGAAGUGACAUGGCGGUGUGCGGUAUUUUACUGUAUAUACACAGUGCGAGUGCUGUGUAAAAUAACAAAAAGAAGACAAAGGGUAUAAAGUGGUCCUAAAUGGACUCCUCUUGAGAGGACGCCCAGCUGCCAGCCUACACAUGAACUACAGUAUGAAAAGAAACACGAUACGGGGAAUCUCCCCCUUACCAGCUCAAUCAGAGAACCACAAUAUCCACAAGGCUGUCGGCUGUCACGGUGAGUAGAGACUUUUAAUCCAAAUGAGAAAAAAAAAGAAAAAAACAGCACUGCCGUAUUCCAAACUGGUCACUUUAUUGGAAGAAAAAACACUCAAGCAAUAAAAAACGUAACCUUCUUGAUGCGUUUCGGGCACCCAGGCCCUUUGUAAAAAGAAUGGCAUGAUCAUGAAAAACUGGAGUUAAAAUACAUGUUAGGCCUCAUGCACACGACCAUUCCGUUUUUUGCAGUCCGCAAAUUGCAGAUCCGCAAGACACUGAAGCCGCCCGUGUGCCUUUACGCAAUUUGCGGAACAGAAUAGGCGGC